UUGCGCCAGAGGCGAUGGUUUGUAGAUAUGGCUGAAGAGAAGAGUGCUGUAUGCAGCUGUAAUUGGAUGGUGUAGGGUCUUGCUAAGCAUGGUCACCAUAAACAACCCAAAACUCCUCACCACCAUCCUAGGUCGAAAGCACACCUCUACGGCCCUAGAGAUGGCAGUGCUUCAUGUAUGCAGCCGCUGGUUGUUUAACCAUACGACAGCUGUAUCGCUGGAGCAUGCGGGGCCUUCCCACCUUCAAAUGUGUUUGCAACGAUGGCGUGCGGCCUAUGGCACCAAACCCAUUCGCCGGGGCGCAGGCUUCAAUUUCUAGUGCCUCCCCUACUCUAUCUGACCAUAUAACUGUAUUCCCCUUCAACGAUCCGAGACUACAUCUCAGCUGCUGCUUAGUCAAGGAAUCGGCGCCAGUCGGCUCAAGAAGCAUGAGGACGUGGUGGCUUGAGCAGGUCUUUCGUUCCGUCAGCGGAAGGGAUACUAGCGGGUUUCGCGGCUUAAGGACGACGUAAAUGGCAUGUCUCUAUGUUACAAAAGUCCAUAUCGCUAUGCGUUAGGCCGUAUCUCGAAGUUGUACGAUGGCCGUGUCGAGUGGUUGCGAC